ACCUUAUGAACCCCCAUGGCUUCUACUUCACACCAUCAACCCUAGAUGGAGGUCCGGCGAGACCCCAAGUCCUUUCUUUUCUUCAUCAUCCUUCUGCUGCUGAUCAACUCCCCAGAACCGCAGCAGCAAUCCUUCACCUCCCGAUCGCGUUACGACGAGAUCAUUGUCCACGAAUGGAACGAACUUGAGGUCGUGAAUAGGACGCGGUAUGGCGAUUUUGACGCUAGUAAAGACAAGUGGUUGAAUAUCACGGGACUGAAGGAUGAAGAUGGGUUUGCAUGGGAUCUUCUGGGUCCUGUCCAGGAACGCGUGAAGGACCAAGCCAGGGGCUUGCUCGGCGUGACAGCAGACGCUGCCUUUGACGGCACCCUAGAAGACCAACAAAGCGUCCCCGUUUACCGCAAUGUUUCUGGCUAUGUGCAAGGCGAAUGGGUACGAUCGCCUCUUGGACGGGUGCGACACCCUUCGGACAUGAACCUCUCCGCGAUCGUGCCCGAUAACCCCUUUCCAAUGGUGGAGUAUGAGAGGAAUCUCACCGGAACUAGCGGAAUGAUACGACUAUAUAUCACGGAAACAGACGGCCGCAUGCGGACAGAUAAGAACAGGUCGAUAUCCGAGAUCACCGUUCGCAUGGUCAUUGGCGAUAACAACUCCAUUGGAGGCAACUGGUGGGAGCUUGUGUUGAACGGCGUACAUUUCCCCAAAUUUGGGGGAAGCCUGGUGACCACCACGAGUGACAAGUUCGCUGGAAUAUUUGCUCUGCCCCAUUUCUCACUCUCGCAACACCUCUAUUCUGAAUCUCAAAAUUUCCUCAAUCGGACUAUCCACGAAACAAUAGAUCGGCAAGAGGGACGAGCCUAUCCGACCUGGAACCCAUGGACAUCCGCCCCGGAUGGUGCGAGCGAGGGCAUGCUGGCUAAUCCUCACUGCGAAUUUGUGCUCUUUCUCCAAGAACACCCUAUUCAAUACCUUGUGAAGCAGGAGCAGAACCCUGAAAACCGGCUCCCAGACAUGGACUGGCUUGAACAUGAACUCCGAUAUCCUACUGGAUCAACUCUUCCACGUCGGUCACCUCUGUCCUUGUCCAUGGUCGGGUUCUCUCCAGACUGUGGAUUUGUUAUCGAGUCAAAGGGUCCUCCCGACUACUCGCACGAAUUUGCUCACCUUGUAGGAUCAAAGACCGAAGAGUUCAAUGAUCGAGCUAGGCAUGGCAUUAUUGCAUUUGCUAUGACAUUGUCCCUGCAACUUAUCCUCCUCGUUAAGCAAAUGAAAGAGACAGCAACGCCGUCGACUCGAAAUCGCAUAAGCUUCUACACAAUUGCGAUGCUUGCCUUAGGAGAUGGUUUUGCAUUCUUAGCUCUUAUUUUCAUGCACCUGUUCCUCGGAACGUCCCAGUUAGCUCUAUACACCACAGCUUUCCUCGCCUUGUUCUUAGGUGUCUUUGAACUCCGAUUUUUGAUGGAUAUCUGGACAGUACAGGCCACAGAACAGAUGCGUCAGGAUCGACAACAGGCUUCUGCCGCAACGCCAUCAAGCCCCCAACAGCCUAGUUCAACUCCUACACCACCUCCCACAACCCAAAUUAGCGAUUCUCUACCCCCUCCAGUCACAGCAGCUCGACCCCCACCCAUAGCCUCAGAUCAAGACGAUACCGCAGGAACCGCUCCUGCACCUGCCGGGGAACAGACACAAACAGUACCAGGUAGAGCUGAACUAGGAACGCUCUACAGCCGCUAUUGUCUCCUGCUGAUCUGCAUCUUUUUUGUAACUCUCCAGUUCACCACGGUCCGCUUCACGGUGCGAUCUUUCUACUUCAACACACUCUCCUUCUUUUACCUUUCGUUCUGGUGUCCGCAGAUCUACCGGAACAUCAUGCGAAACUGUCGGAAAGCGUUGCGCUGGGACUUUGUCCUCGGCCAAAGCAUAGUUCGCCUGAUCCCUAUCACGUAUUUCUAUGCAGUCUCGGACAACGUGCUCUUCUCGAGGAAUGACUUGAGUGCUUUGAUGGUUUUGGCUGGUUGGGUAUGGGUGCAGAUACUAGCUUUAGCAAGUCAGGAGUUGCUUGGAUCACGCUUUUUCAUCCGCGAAGGAUGGGCUCCGCCGGCGUACGACUACCAUCCUGUACUACGAGAAGACGAAGAAGGCGCGACAAUGCCCAUUGGCUCAACGCAGGCGCCCGACGAUGAUUCGAGUCCCUCAUCGAUGAGCAAAGCUGGAGAAUCGAAGGGCAAAGGGACGAAAGUGUUUGACUGCAGUAUUUGCACGCAAGACGUUGAGGUGCUCGUCCUACCCAGCGGGGCUUCCAGUGAAAAUGCACCAGGUCUCGGUGGUAUGAUCUUGCAGAGAAGGGCGUACAUGGUGACACCGUGUCGGCAUAUUUUUCAUACGCCGUGUUUGGAGGGCUGGAUGAGGUAUCGGUUGCAGUGUCCGAAUUGCCGUGAGAUUCUGCCACCGCUGUAGAGGCC